GCUGUCGUUGUCGCCGCGUUGCAUGCGCGCCCCGUGAUUUACGGAGGGACGUGACGAGAUGACGAUGCCGCCGUGUCCGGCGACGAUGAAAUAACGUUUUCGCGAGCGCUUGAGGCGGUAAGCGCUGAGCCGAUCGGCGGAGAGCUAUGCGCAGCGUAACUGUGAUGUGUCCGUGCAGUAUUGUCAACGGUCAGGUACUCGCUCUACUCUGCAGAUGUUUCUCGGUGCCGGGUGCCUAGAACACAGCUGGCAAAAUGGGCAAGUUGUUGUCAAAGAUCUUUGGCAACAAGGAGAUGCGUAUUCUCAUGUUAGGACUGGAUGCGGCAGGAAAAACUACGAUAUUGUAUAAACUUAAAUUAGGACAGUCUGUGACAACUAUACCAACUGUAGGAUUCAAUGUAGAAACAGUUACCUAUAAGAAUGUUAAAUUUAAUGUGUGGGAUGUAGGUGGUCAAGAUAAAAUACGUCCGUUAUGGCGUCAUUACUAUACAGGGACGCAAGGACUUAUUUUUGUAGUAGACUGUGCGGAUCGGGAUAGAAUCGACGAAGCCCGCCAAGAACUCCAUCGAAUUAUAAAUGAUAGGGAAAUGCGCGAUGCGAUAAUCUUAAUCUUUGCUAAUAAACAAGAUCUUCCAGAUGCAAUGAAACCACAUGAAAUUCAAGAGAAACUGGGAUUAACUAGGAUACGAGAUAGAAAUUGGUACGUUCAGCCAUCUUGUGCCACAACGGGAGACGGGCUUUACGAGGGCCUUACGUGGUUAACCAGUAAUCAUAAAUUAUGAGCAAAUAUUUAUUUUUCACAAAUUAGCUAUAUAUACAGAGAAUACACGUUUGCUUUGUAUUUUUUAUUUUAAUUUAUCAUGUGGAGGCUCCGUCAAAACGAACAACUGAUAAUGAAUCAUUUGAAGACAUCUUUUUCACAAGUAAAGUUAAUUAAUAACAGUUACAAAAAAGGAACAAAGAGAAACAAUAUAAAGACAACUAUUAAGGGUGUGUUCCAAUAAUAUCAAUACUAGGUGAAUAGUAAUUUAUUGUAAACGAGGUACCAAGGGGUGCGACCUUUGUUACUAGCUAUUUAUCCCAUUUCAUGGAAAUAAUUACUGAAUAGAGUUACUCGAGCGGGCUUAAUACCGUUCUGUACAUGUAACAUAUUCACGCAAGUGUACUGUUUUACGAGACACAUAAGUUGUACAAUUUAAAGAGAAAGGAAACAGAAAAUUAUGAGGAUCUAGUUAUGAUAUUAAGGGUUUCACGGAUUCACAAGGAUUGGUAUACUGUAUAACUUACCUUUGCAGAAUCUUAUCCGAUCGAUCUCUAUGUAACUUGUUAUUCGAAAGGAGUUGCGUUUCCCGAGAGUGAAAAGUACCUCAGGUUUUUAAUGAGACGCAGCUAGAUUUUUAACUUCGCAAUAUCUUGUUGUCAAAGUGCUAUCUAAUAUGUAUUAUAUAAUAUUCAUACAUAUAGUCCGUGAGUAUAAAUAAUACGUGAAUAAACUUGCAACACGUGCAUUGAGGCUUUAUAUAGUAUAGCAUGAUUAUUCCGUUGAUAAAUAUCCUUGCUGCUUCGAGUGCCGAAAAAUUACUUAAAUCAUGAUUUUUUUUUUACAUUGUCUUCCAACUCGAUAAAUUACGUAUAUUUUUCAACCAAUUUUCAUUUUUUUUUUUUUUAUCUUUUUCGUUUCACAAAUGAUCGAAACGCAAUGAUACGUAACGUAUCGCCAGGCUUAUCCUGAUUACGCACAAGUCGCAGGAAGCAAUGCAAUAAGGAGUUAUCAGUUUACUGAUAUUGUGAGCUCAAAAACCAAAAAAAGAAAGGAAAUGGAAAAAAGAACAAUAUUACAAAUAACACGUAACAGCAUUGAAUCUGCCAAUAUUUUUUACUGUUUAAGUGAGUAUCAGAUAAUAAAAGCAUAUUAGUAUUAGGUCGCAACAAAUCAGAUCAUUAAGAAUGACAUUUUAAAUGGAUGAGAUAGAUGUUGCCGUGACCGUUUCAUUUCUCAUAGCAUAAUCCAUAGAUUAAGGCUAGUAAGAAUAUACUUCGAGAUUCAUAACUGAUUCAUAGAAGUUUACAAGUGUUCAAAAUAUUUGUGUAUGAUUAACGAAUCAAAUUGAGUUACGAGUAAAUAAUAGUGAUUAUACACCUUGUAAUUCGUGAAUGCAUUGACACCUUGUUUACAUUCCACGAUACAUUAGCGAAUUAGACUGUUAGAGGAACGUUUUUUUUUUCUUUUUUUUUUUUUAAGUUGUAUGAAUAAUCUACAUGGAUUAUCAUCACAGAGAUUUUUCAGACGUAAGUUCGUAUAACUUCUUCAACAUCCGUACCAUUAAUAUUAAGUAUUAUCUCACUUGGGAAAUGGCGUGAAGUUAAACGCAUCCUGUAAAAAAUCGUAAUCAGGCUUUGGAAAUACUGAGCUGUUUUCCACAACAUAGAUACAUCAAUUAGCACCUUCCAUGGCCAUAUAUUCAUACAAUCUCGUCAAUAUAAUCUCUGCACUUUUAACAAUGUUUCAAAUAGCGAUGUCAUAUAUUGUGUGCUAACCUAAAUAUAUAUAUAUAUAAUUGUGUUACGUUUUAUCAUUGGCUUUAGAAGCCAUUUUCUUAUUAAAUGUGAUGUUAUGAUGUCAUUUGACAAAAUCUUUAUGUACAUAAAUAUGUUUGAUAUA